GGCCAACAUCAGAUACGCCCUUCGAUGGUCCAAAGUGGGGGAAUCAUGACUCACCACAGCUGAUCAAGCUCAAUUGCCCUCAAAACUCUAUGAGUCAAUGUCCAAUUUAAAAACUCCAUAUCAACUUCCUUGAUCAACCAAAAAAUCUUUUCCAUGCCUUAUAAAUCCCCAUCCAAUUCAAUAUGCCCAGUCCAACUACAUCUCAAUGGUAUAGAGACCAAUUCCUGAUUUCUACCUCACAAGCUCUACUGCAACAUGAUGUCAUCAACGCGGUAUUUGACUCGGAAUAUAUGUACUGGACGAAGCGAAUUUCAGACGAGGCGAUGAAGCACAUGCUCUCCCACUCACUCUGUUUUGGAGUCUACGCACUCCCGGAAUCAUCAACUGAAAUCGCCUGUCGAACCCCACCAACACAGAUCGGCCUUGCUCGAGUCAUCACAGACGAAUCCACCUUCGCCUACCUGACCGACGUCUUCAUCAUCCCUGAGUACCAAGGCAAGGGUAUCGGAAAAUGGCUGAUGGAGUGUAUCAACGAGACGCUAGACUCGUGGCCGGACCUCAGGGGUGCCAUUUUGUACACAGGAGGUCAUGAUGGAGAGCGUGCAAUGAAGUUCUAUGAGAAGAUGUUUGGGAUGAAGAAGUUUGUUCCUGGAACGGGAGGCCUGGAGAUCAUGUCUAAGAGAGGACCGGGGAGUGUCUUUGAUGACAUAUGAGCUGGACACGAUUAUUACAGCUUGACUCCGUUGAGAC